AUGUCUCUCAGUCUCUCUCAUGCUAGCCUUUACAAAGGCCUUGCCAUUGGCCUCCUUGUUUCAUGGACUCUCACCGCGCUCAGUUAUACCGCCCUUGUCGCCCUCAACACCAACAGCACGUACCUCGAGAUCAUCGCUUGCACCACCAUGUUCACCUUCCUCAUGUGCCGUCUUCUGGUCGCUUGGAACCCGUCUCCUAAAUCUGAAAAUAUCACCAUAGCUCAGCUAAUUGCUUCCGCGGACUCUGGGUCUUGCCGGGGUGCUCUCGUCCUAUUCUCGCUGUGCUGCACAUGGCUCUAUGAGCUACUCAACCAGGCGUUGGUGUUGUUCUUCAUGACGGUCUUCGGGGGUGUUAUCGCGACAGCCAUAUACAAUGAUGCGUUUACGGACGGUGUACAGGAGACUGAACCCCAUAACGGAAGCACAACAUCCCUCUCCGUCCAUGUCAAGGAGUUCAAGGAAACGGUCGGAUUUGAUCCGACAGAGCUUUUCAAGAUGAUUCCCCCGCGAGUGUUGCUUUGUUUUGUUGGACUGAUGUGGCUGAACUUUUUGAGCCUGGGGGCUUAUGUUCUGGGCCAUGCGGUGGUGUCGUUGAAGAAGGUCUUGUCUUCGCCUACAUCUACGUCUACUACGACGGAGUCGACGGUUGAUAAGGCAGUGGCCGUGGCUUCAAGCGAAUAG